GGGAUCGAGCAAGGUGCCUUUCAAUCUUAAUCUGAUCCAACACUCGUAAAGUCACUUAUCUUGUCAAACACUUGGGCAAAUCUACCAAACGUUGGAGUACAUUUCAUCUACAUUGAUCAGAAGUAGAGUGAAUAAGGAGGUACUGGAGGUGAAGGCCCAGGAACAAUGUAUCAAUAUUUAACACACUUGUUGGUGGAAUCUAUAAUCUUGGUUCUGUUAUUUGAUCACAUCAAGACUGAUACCACUGAUUUCCUAACAACUGAGGAAGAAUAUAUUACUGAGGGUCCCGAACACAUGAUGAUGAUCACUAAGGAUUUUGAUCAUCUAAUGACUCUCAAUCAUGAUAAGAUUACUGAAGACGACUAUGUUACUGAGGAUCCCGAACACACGAUGCAAAGCAAAUAUUUUACUGAGGGUCCUGAUCAUCUAACUAUUCUCAACGAUGAUAAGACUACUGAGGAAGAAUAUAUUACUGAGGGAACCGAACAUCUCAUGAUGCUGAAUACUAAGGAUCAAACGACUCUCAAUUAUGAUACGACUACUGAGGUUGACUAUGUUACUGAGGGUCCCGAACACAUGACACAGAACAAAUAUCUUACUGAGGGUCCUGAUCACUUAACGACUAUCAAUGAUGAAGAAACUGAGGAGGACUAUAAUACUGAGGGUCCCGGACACGUAAUGACGCAGAACAAGUCUGUUACUGAGGGGACCAAAUCUGUUUUAACAGCUACCAAUAAAAGUCCUCCUCAGAUAAUUGCCAAAGGCAGCAACAGCACACCUUCAAGUCAAGAAUCAAAAAACCAAACAUAUUUAAAUAUAUUAAUUGCUAUAGGUAUAUUGAUAGUCAUCUGUACCAUAUUGCUAGUGACAACAAUUUGUUUGGCCUAUCAGGUUUGCAUUCUCAAGUGUGCCCUGAAAAAGCAGAGAAAAAGAGACAAAGAUUUCUGGUCCAGUGGUCCCAGCCAAUUGCCAGCUGAUGUAGUAACUGUAAAACUGGAGCAAGUCAAAUCUGUGGAGGCAAAGGAAGAGGCCAAAGCAUCAAAUGAUGGAGAAGCCAAACCAUUACUAUAAUGAAGAGACAAACCUCACAUUCAGCUGACUGAAGAGGCAAUUAAUCAGUCUGAUCUUUGUGGACUCUCAUCCCCGAUCUGCCAUUUUUGUCCCAUUUGGACAUAUUGCUUUUAAGUGCUCAAUGAAUUGAGAUUCAAACAAUAGAAUUGUUCAAAAGUUGUUUUGAAGGUACUUCUAUUCUUAACUGGAGGUGAAAGGGAAAUUCAUUUGAAGUAGAACUUAUGGCCAGCUAGUGAAAAAUCUAAUAAGAUUUGUAUUACCAGUGAGUUUCUUGAAUCAUCAACUCACUUGUUUCUAAACUCAUCACAAGUGCCUUGGGAUCUACAAUCAUAGGACAAGCAUGGUGAAGGUAGUUAGUAGUUUUGCUUAUAUUGUAUCGUUGCAUUUAAUGCAUUAUCAUAUCCAAUUUAGAAUCAAAAACUUAAUUACUCCCAAGUUGAACAGAAUUAAAAAUAUGUAAAGCAUCAUUAAUGGAAAUUAACACAGGUCACUUUUUAAAAAAGUCCUUUCUACUCAAAUAUGAACCACUGAUAGUUGAGUGAGUUCUCAGCCAAUCAGCUACACAAUUCAUACAAUGGAUGGAUGAUGAGAACAAACUAACACAAUAUGUUACUUCAUCGUAUUCCUCAAUGGAGUGGGUUACUUAAAGACUGCAGAAUGUAUAUACUGUAGUUACAAUAAUGAUACCAUGAAGUAGAUGGCUAAAGAAAGGUUUAGUAACCAAUUGAGGUUGUAAUUAUGCAACCAGAAUUAUUGAAAGGAAAUUGGAAGGGAGGGAAGAGAGUUGACCCCACUGUCAUCUUUACCAAUGAUUCCAUAAAUAAUAGGUCUCAAUGGCUGUGUGUGUCUUGGGUGACCUAAUUUUGCUUUUAAUAUUAUCAGCGUAAAGGAUACAAUUGCUUCAGGCAACUAAUGCAUUACAUUAUAAGCUUCACUUCUACAUGUCAAUUUGAAAUAUACCCAAAGAGGUAAUAAAUGUUGGAAUUGCCAGAGAAUCAAAUUCCAAAGUUAUUUAUUUCUGUUUAUCUGAACAAAAAAUCAAUUUUAAGUUCUCCGAACACGUGUACAUUCAAAUUGUGACUGUGAAGGGAAGACUGCAUGGGAUUGUUUUAGAAUUUCAGAGUCCAGUGGUUAUUCUAUUUUUAAUUUAGACUUUGUGACAAGAUUGCCAACUUAUUGUACAAAUACUCCAAGUGUAUAAGCAUGAUACGAAAGAAACUUACUCAACAAACCAAAAUAAAGUUGCUAACUCAGUGACAGAAGUUCAAA